CCAAGUCUUGCCUUCGCUGGGAGUUGUCGCAUGCAUCCAAGACUUAAUUUCAACAGGGUUCAGUUUAGUGCUUGGAGCUCUGGCAGCAUAAAACUGUCUUCUUCGAAUGGAAAAUUUGACCAACUGCGAUGAGGGGCUGCAGCCAGCGGUUUGCCGCGCGUGCCUGUUUGCCAAAGGAGCCGCCCCGGCGAGGAUCGCCAGAGGGGAGCCGCUUCCAGUGGGGAGACCCGCAGCCCAGACACGCGCUCUGGGCGGCCUGGAUGCGCAAGAGCCGGCCCCGCAGCCGCUGACGGCUGGCGGCAGUGAAGUUUGGCUGCUGAGCGGCUCGGCUCCCGGCUCCUGGACAGACUGUCAGCCGGCGGCUCCAACCUCCGGAGAGAUGCCCGUGGGGGGCCUGUUGCCGCUCUUCAGUAGCCCCGGGGGCGGCGGCCUGGGCGGUGGCCUGGGCGGGGGGCUUGGCGGCGGGAGGAAGGGAUCUGGCCCCGCCGCCUUCCGCCUCACCGAGAAGUUCGUGCUGCUGCUGGUGUUCAGCGCCUUCAUCACGCUCUGCUUCGGGGCAAUCUUCUUCCUGCCUGACUCCUCCAAGCUGCUCAGCGGGGUCCUGUUCCACUCCAACCCUGCCUUGCAGCCGCCGGCGGAGCACAAGCCCGGGCUCGGGGCACGUGCCGAAGAUGCCGCCGAGGGGAGAGUCCGGCACCGCGAGGAAGGCGUGCCUGGGGACCCUGGAGCUGGACUGGAGGACAACUUAGCCAGGAUCCGCGAAAACCACGAGCGGGCUCUCAGGGAAGCCAAGGAGACCCUGCAGAAGCUGCCAGAGGAGAUCCAAAGAGACAUUCUGCUGGAGAAGGAGAAGGUGGCCCAGGACCAGCUGCGUGACAAGGAUCUGUUUGGGGGCUUGCCCAAGGUGGACUUCCUGCCCCCCAUCGGGGUAGAAAACCGGGAGCCCGCUGAUGCUACCAUCCGCGAGAAGAGGGCAAAGAUCAAAGAGAUGAUGACCCAUGCUUGGAAUAAUUAUAAACGCUAUGCGUGGGGCUUGAAUGAACUGAAACCUAUAUCAAAAGAAGGCCAUUCAAGCAGUUUGUUUGGCAACAUCAAAGGAGCUACGAUAGUAGAUGCUCUGGAUACCCUUUUCAUUAUGGGUAUGAAGACUGAAUUUCAAGAAGCUAAAUCAUGGAUUAAAAAAUAUUUAGAUUUUAAUGUGAAUGCUGAAGUUUCUGUUUUUGAAGUAAACAUACGCUUCGUUGGUGGACUGCUGUCAGCCUACUAUUUGUCCGGAGAGGAGAUAUUUCGAAAGAAAGCAGUGGAACUUGGGGUAAAAUUGCUACCUGCAUUUCAUACUCCCUCUGGAAUACCUUGGGCAUUGCUGAAUAUGAAAAGUGGGAUCGGGCGGAACUGGCCCUGGGCCUCUGGGGGCAGCAGCAUUCUGGCAGAAUUUGGAACGCUGCAUCUGGAAUUUAUGCACUUGGCCCACUUAUCGGGAAACCCAGUCUUUGCGGAAAAGGUGAUGAAUAUUCGAACGGUGCUGAAUAAACUGGACAAACCAGAAGGCCUUUAUCCUAACUAUCUGAACCCCAGUAGUGGCCAGUGGGGUCAACAUCACGUGUCAGUGGGAGGACUUGGAGACAGCUUUUAUGAAUACUUGCUUAAGGCAUGGUUAAUGUCUGACAAGACAGAUCUUGAAGCCAAGAAGAUGUAUUUUGAUGCUGUUCAGGCCAUCGAGACUCACUUGAUCCGCAAAUCAAGUGGGGGACUCACGUACAUCGCGGAGUGGAAAGGGGGUCUCCUGGAACACAAGAUGGGUCACCUGACAUGCUUUGCAGGAGGCAUGUUUGCUCUUGGGGCAGACGGAGCUCCGGAAGCCCGGGCCCAGCACUACCUUGAACUCGGAGCUGAAAUUGCCCGCACCUGUCAUGAAUCUUAUAACCGCACAUAUGUGAAGUUGGGACCAGAGGCUUUUCGAUUUGAUGGCGGUGUGGAAGCUAUCGCCACGAGACAAAAUGAAAAGUAUUACAUCUUACGGCCAGAGGUUAUCGAGACAUACAUGUACAUGUGGCGACUGACUCACGAUCCCAAGUACAGGACCUGGGCCUGGGAAGCCGUGGAGGCCCUAGAAAGUCACUGCAGAGUGAACGGAGGCUACUCAGGCUUGCGGGAUGUUUACAUCGCCCAUGAGAGUUAUGACGAUGUCCAGCAAAGUUUCUUCCUGGCAGAGACACUGAAGUAUUUGUACUUGAUAUUUUCCGAUGAUGACCUUCUUCCGCUAGAACAUUGGAUCUUCAACACGGAGGCUCAUCCUUUCCCUAUACUCCGUGAACAGAAGAAGGAAGUUGAUGUCAAAGAGAAAUGAAAGACGUUCUCCAUUUUACUCUGCUUCGUUCCCUCACUGCAUACCUUAAUCAUUCCUUUUCUGGUAAUCCGACAUAUGAUGAACUCAUAUUGAUUGACAAAAGUCUAUGAUUCGCCUAAGUUCUGAAAUUGUUUUGCAGUCUUUUAUGUUUAGUAUCAGAAGCCUAAGCGGACCUCAGUUCCUCAUUUCAUCAUUCAGCUAGUAGAACCACAGAUUCUGCCUGUCUCUUUCUUUCUCUAAAGGAAUCUAUUGUUUCUGAAAUUCAUGAAGUCGUGACAUCAUUUUCAUAAUAGAACCAUCUACCAGUGACCUCCUGAUUACGAUUUGAUUUGACUGCAAAACUUCUUCCUCCUCUAUGAGGAGAUGCUGUCUGCUUCAAGCUGUAAUGUUUUGCCAUGUUGCAAAAAGCCAUAAUAAUAAAUUAAGUAUUAAAAAAAAAAAGCUUUUUUUUUCCUUUUCAAGUUCAUGUUAAUCUGGUUUGUCUGUCCACCAGAGACAGGUCUUACAACUGUGACAGACUCUUAGCAGGUCUAUCAUUAUUUGAUAGAAAGUCCUCUAAAGUACUCCACUCUCAUUGUGAUUCAGAUGAGAAAGUCGUCCCAGAAGAGCUGGCGGCACUGGCCUCAUUUCUUCACGAGUGCAGUACCUUUUUAUUGGGUGAUUAUGUUGAUGUUUCCUCACUUUCAUUUUGGUCUCUGCUUUUGCUCUAAAUGCCCAGUGUCACCUCUGUAUCACAUACUGCUUAAUUUCUCCCAUCACUGGCGACACAGCAAGGGGAGCUUCUGAGUUAUGCAGAAUGCCAGGUUACCCAAUUACAGUUUUGAAAGAGAAAAGAUUUAACUUCUAACGUGCCAGGUUUUCCUUUUAAAUAAAUCCAUUCCAAAAUCUGGUCUCUAAAAAGAGCAAGAAUUCCGUAUGCCUAGCUCAUGGGUGUACAUUUCCUCCUUGGUUCUCUUUAAGCAAAGGAUGCAUUGUACUUGGUUCAGAUCUGAAAAGGGCUCUUCCCAGGUGUACCUCAUCAUCGAACUUCAGUUUGUGAACGUGAGAUUUACCCAGUGAAAAAAGCCUUUCUGAUUGAUGUAUUCCUCUUCAGCUAAAGGAGGAAAAAAUAUCUAAUUAGCUCUAAGGACACAGUGUAUUACAUGUGCUUACAUUCAGCAUAAAGAUUUUAACUUACAAAUGAUUUAUAGGGAUGGACCCACUCCUUCAUAAUUUGAUCUGCAGCAGAUCAAAAUGAUUAUAUGAUUCUUCUAAAAAAGAACUGCCUCAAUUUCAACCUACUGUGGUCAAUAACAACAAAAAUAAAUAAUAUAAAUCCAUGGAUUAGGCUAAAGUAUAUUUAUAUAUUCCUGUGCAUUUACUUUUUUCAAAAUUUCUAAUUUUAACAAUUUCAUAUUGUACAACCUAAUUUUUGAGACAUUUAUUUUCUUAAAUCUGAUUAGACAACAGUUUUACCUAUUUCAGCUUUGGGGAUGGUUUCAAAAGAUGUUAUUUAGGAUCACUUCCUUGAAUGGUCCGGUUGUUUCCAGUAUUGUACAUCAGAACACAUCAAAAUAAAACAGUAAAAUUAGUAAAUGAAAAAGAUCUCUCAAUAAAUCAUUCUGGCUAUGUUAUCACAACUCUGUGUCCCAGAGAAACUUCUGCCUGUAAUGUACUUAAUCUCUGGAGGUUAUGAACCCAUGGCGUCAUUUUAAUGAAACUGAAUAGAACAGUCGGCCUUACCUAUUCAUUACAACUUGAUUUGACUGUAAAACCUUUCCCUCCAUGAGGAAGAACAAGUGAAUAACUAAUCCUUCUGUCCCUAGAGCUCAGAGGUAAAAUAUUAAAAUUUACUGCCAAAAUGUGGUCAUCUGUAUUUUGAUCAUAAUUUUCACUGUCCGUAGAUUAGCUAUUGAAUUCAAUUUCUUUGCAUUUCAAUUUGAAGGAGCAUACACAGCUGGUGAGUAUUUCUGCAGCAGGUGGGAUUUGAAAGUCAGGUCCUGGGUACCUAAUACACUGUAAUGUAGCUUUUAUGUUCCGGUAUAAGCAAGGAAGGAGCUGAACCACGGAUUGCUCUGCCACUGGCAGACAUUGUUUUCAGUUUUAAAACUUGGACAUGUGUUUAAUGCCAGAUCUCAGAACACCAAAACUUCAAACAAGAUAAGAGAUUAAUUUUAUAGAAAUGUAACUGAUUAUGCUUUGUGUUAAUUUUAAACAACCGAAGUCUCCAAAUAGAUACCAACUCAUUCAUUUUCAACAAAACUGUGCAGUUUGAUUUACAUGUGUCAUCCACAUCCUUAAAGAUGAACAGUUAAAGUAGCACCCAAUUUUGUGUUUACAAAACCUGUUUUGAUAUACUCUAAUAUACAUAUAAGUUGUAUGCCAAUUUAUAGAACUCAGUGACUUCUCUAUCAUGUGUACCAUCUAUUUUUACAUUGAUUGUUUUUAGUUUGUUCAUAAGUGCAUUCUCCCAUUUCCAACUUUAUAUAAUAAAUCUCUGAUGUUAUGGAAAACAAUAGAUUGACACAUAAUUUUUAAAAAUUAUAUUUGUAAAAUUUCUCUAUUGUGAAUAAAGUCUUUUAAUAUAUC